AUUAAAUUUCUCUCGGUAUCAAUAACAAUUCCUCAGACAUCCCUAAAAGAGCUUUGAUAUCCCCCGCACAAGCAUAUGCUUAGUUUGCUUUGGAACUAACAUUCACGACACGUACCAUCUAAAAGUAAGACUACAUAUUCGAAUGACUCAACACCAGUCCAAAUCAAACUGAACAUAGCAUACUAACAAGACAAAAGAAGAUCCUAAUCAAGAAGUGUCAUUUUCCCAUCAAACCAUGGCUCGAGGAAGAAAGAAUGACGAUCUGAUCAUCAUGAGGCUGAUGGUCAUCAUCUAGCCCGUCACCUCAUAUUACGACCGUCAUUUCGAUCUGGGCAUUCAGGGUGACCAAUCACGGAAGUUGACAACCGUCACCCAACCCGUCAUGGAGGCUGACGUUUGGGGUUCUAGUCUGGGGGAAUGUCAGGUUUUCUUCUCCUCAUUCUAUUCUCACCGGAGUUCAACAUUUUUUGAGCUUCAACUUCAACCACGCCUCAACAUCUACACCGUGCCGCUGUUAAUCGGAUUCCAUACAUCUUUUUUAUGCUUUUCACUGUUGCUUUAUGCCGAUUUAAUUUGUUAGGGUUUCGUUUCUUAAUUACUUCAUAUGUAAUCUAUUUUUUCUGUUUUUUUUAUUAUCUCAAAGAAACUAAUUCUUCGUUGCUUCUUUUGUAAUUAUUCAUCUAUACUUAAUAAUCAAAGUUUAUAGCUUUGAAUUCAUCUUACACAUUACUGCAUAAUAAUCACUCUGUUAUUAAUGUUUUUUAUUUUUACUUUUCUUAUUCAUAUUGUUUUGUAUAUUUUUAUUGGAAAGAAACUAAUUAUAUAGCCUUUAUAUAACAUUGGAAGAAAAUAUAUAUAGUUAUUGUAGUAAUACUAGUUCAAAAAAAAGAAGAGAAAGUGUAACAAUUUGUUGAUGGGGAGCCCUGGGUUGAGCAACCGCAAUAGCAGCCUGCAGCAGCGGUUAGGGAUAACAGGACCCAUCUCAUCGAGUGGACCGACUGAAUAUGAUGUCGCCAAGUCCACUGAACUCGACAAGUACUUGCAAGACGCCGGCUUGUAUGAGAGUCGGGAGGAAGCAAUUUGCAGGGAGGAAGUGCUAGGCAGACUAGACCAGAUUGUGAAGAUUUGGGUCAAAACCAUUACGCGUGCAAAGGGAUUUAACGAACAAAUCGUGCGGGAAGCAAAUGCCAAGAUUUUUACUUUUGGCUCCUAUCGCCUAGGGGUGCAUGGCCCUGGAGCAGAUAUUGAUGUUCUUUGUGUGGGACCUAGACAUACAACCAGAGAUGAAGAUUUCUUUGGUGAGCUACAUAAAAUGCUAUCUAAGAUGCCUGAAGUGACAGAGUUGCGCCCAGUGCCUGGUGCUCGUGUCCCAGUGAUGGGUUUCAAGUUCAACAAUGUCUCUAUGGAUCUCCUUUAUGCAAAUUUAUCUUUGUGGGUUAUUCCUGAAGACUUGGAUUUAUCACAGGAAUCGAUAUUACAAAAUGCAGACGAAAAAUCUGUUCUCAGUCUUAAUGGCUGUAGAGUGACUGAUCAAAUCUUGAAUUUGGUUCCAAAUGUUCAGGUAUUUGAUAUAAAUUUCAUAGACAAAGAUAGAAUUUUUAUGUUCAGCUUUGAUGUGACUUCUGGCUUUCCUAUAAUUGGUUAUAUUUCCAUUUCUGAACCGCAGAACUAUCGUACGACAUUGAGAUGCAUUAAGUUAUGGGCUAAGCGUCGUGGCAUUUAUUCUAAUGUUACAGGUUUUCUUGGUGGUAUAAACUGGGCAUUGCUUGUUGCCCGAAUAUGCCAGCUAUAUCCGAAUGCGCUGCCGAAUAUAUUGGUGUCUCGAUUCUUUAGGGUAUAUACACAAUGGCAAUGGCCAAACCCAGUAAUGCUUUGUGAAAUUAGAGAAGACUGUCUUGGACUUAGAAUUUGGGAUCCUAGAAAACAUCCGAGUGAUAAGAACCAUCGAAUGCCAAUAAUUACUCCCGCUUAUCCUUGCAUGAAUUCUAGCUACAAUGUGUCGUCAAGUACAUUGCGUAUCAUAACGGAGGAGUUUAAAAGGGGAGGUGAAAUUUGUGAGGAUAUGGAGGCUAAGAAAAAGGCUGAUUGGGAUACUCUUUUUGAGUCCUUUCCAUUUUUUGAAGCUUAUAAGAAUUAUUUGCAGAUAGACAUUUCAGCAGAGAAUCCUGAUGAUCUUAGAAACUGGAAAGGCUGGGUUAUGUCCCGCUUGCGCCAGUUAACAUUGAAGAUUGAGAGGGACACUGAUGGCAUGCUUCAGUGUCAUCCACAUCCUCAGGAUUUUCCAGACAAAUCUAGACCUCUGCACUGUUCUUACUUCAUGGGUCUGCAACUUAAGCAAGGAGUUCCUGCCAAAGAAGGAGAACCAUUUGAUAUAAGACCAACCAUUGACGAAUUUAAGCAUUUUGUCAAUAACUACGUUGGAUGGAAACAUGGAAUGAAUAUAUUUGUCACCCAUGUGAAACGCCGCGAUAUACCUGUCUUUGUAUUUCCUGGUGGUGUUCGGCCUAACUGCCCAUCCAAUGUAACCAGGGUGAGUAAUCGAAGUUCAGAGCUUGGGGUUUCUGGCCAUGGUCAAGCAGAAAAAUCUCAAGAAGGUAAAGUGGCCGUGUUAGGAGAUACCAAUGAUAAGAAGAGAAAGCAAGCAGAAGAUAGUGUGGAUGCAUUGAGAAAUUCCAAGCCCUUUUCAGGGGAGUACUCUUCUGGGAACAGAGACACCGGUAAGGAGAAAAGCAUCUCAGAAAUUAACCCUCUACUUACUGCUACUGAUAUAUCUAGUUCUAAAGAAGCAGAAGAGCUCGGUAUCGAAAAUAUUACGCGUGGUCCAUAUGAUGCACAUCAAGCCUUUUCAGAAGAACCUGAUGAACUUGAAAAUGAUAUUGAGUACAGAAAUAAAGACAGAGAUUUUGGCAGGAACAUGAAAAACAUCAAAUUGAACUCUCCAUGCUCAGAGUCUAUAGUGGCAGCAGAACCAGUUUUUUCUCAAAAAGAAAAUAAUAGUUCAACUCAUAUACACUCCAAUGAGAGCUUAGAGGAGCUUGAGCCUGCUGAGCUAACACCUCCAUUGUCAAGUAGGAAUCAUGCACCGGUGCCACAGCGGAAGCCAGCAUUUAGGUUCACCACAUUGGGCAAAUCUGCUGACAAAGGUUCCUAAGAUCUUGCUUUCUGAUUGACAAUAAUGUUGUUACUGCAAAUAAGCACCGAGUUAGAAUAACAUGGAGCAAUCAAACAUGUUUGUGAUCAUUUUCAAUUUAGAGUAUAAGAUUUCUAUGAAUGGUUAGAUUUUUUAUAGCAGACAUGGCUUUACGUCAGAAUUCUCAAAGUGCCGCAAAAUCCAAAUCUAAAAUUUAGGAACUCAAACAGUGGAAUAGCCGUAGCAUAUAUAGAUUGUUCAGUGUAGAAUUCAUUGUUUAUAUAAUUUUGUAUGGAAUGAGACGGUGAAAUGUAGAAUUCAUUCCAUUGUUUAUAUAUUUUUGUAUAAAAUGAAACGAAGUUGUUGUUCAAAUAAUACAACAUAAAUUUAUUUCAUUCAA